CGUUGAGCAGGUGAAACACACAAUGGUUCUGCUCUUUGAGCUGAGAUUCUAUUGUUUGUGGAUGCUUUGGUGGUGCUGUUUGGUCAAAGGAUCUAGAGGAUGUCAAAUGCAGCAUGUUGGCAGAAGCAACAUAACCACUGAGCUGCAGUCUGAUGUUCUGCUGCCAUGUAACUUUAAACCAACCCUCCUCGGAUCAAACAAGACUGCAGAUAUAGCAGCAGUGUGGAGGAAUAUAACAGCAGAUAAUCUAGUGGAGAUCAGUCUGCAGGGUGAAGUAGGGUUCUGGAAUAACAGAGGUGGACGUAUUAAGACGUUCCCCAAACUCUCAGAAUCUGGAAACUUCUCCAUCCUCCUCCGUAAUGUACAGCAGUCUGAUCUGGGUCUCUACCGCUGUGAGCUUCAUGAGGGAAUCAACUGCAGCAUUGCCUAUCAGGAGGUGCAGCUUGGUCUUGCUGCUGUUUCUGAAUACCAGAAAGCCAUCAUAGCAGGAACAUCAGGAGGAGCAGUAGUACUACUACUGUUCACAGCAUGUGUUUGCUACACAGCAAGUAAACGAAGACACCAUAUGAGACAAGAGGGUGUUCAAGAAGGUACACGUGAAAACCCAAUAUAUGACUCUGCUAACUACAAAAUGAAGGACAGCCAAAAUACAAAUGAAGGACAUUGUGAUAACCCAAUCUAUGCUGAGUAUUCAGCGAUGCCAGACCAGCACAGACAGAGCAGCGUGAGAUGAAAACUCUUCAUCACUAUGUAAACAUUAGAGCAUUAGAACAUAAACCAGACUUACUCUACAUGUCUACAAGUUUUGACAAAGGCAUAAAUUUAUGCUAUUGUAAUUUCCACACGAAAAAGCAUUGCCAAUAGAAUGGGACACUAGCUGCACAUGAACCUAAACUCACCAUGCCUAAUGCCAAGCAUCAGCUAAAGGGAUAUAACCCCCCCCCCCCAGUACUGGG